AUGGCGCUGCAGGCUGCAUACAAGCAGUUUCUGGCUUCGCCAAGCUCGUCGGCCCUCGCUGAAAACGCGUCGCUGCACUACGUGACGACUACCACAAGCUUCUCGGGCGCGACCGGCAUCAUCAAGCACCUCGCCUCUGUGCGGAACAAGAUCAAGAAGAAGAAGGAAGAUGCCUUGUUCGCCAUCGAGAACCAGCAUGCGCUGGCCCUCGAAGUGGACACUACCCUCGAGUUUGUCACCAGCGGCGGCCCCUACCUCCCCGGCUUGGACGACAACUUCCUGGCGGAUCGCACCGUCUACCUUGCAGUAACCCACAUCGUCACGUUCGACCGCGACGGCAAGAUCGCACAGAUUCGGCAGAGCUGGGACCAGGGUUCGCUUCUCAAGCAGGUCGAGGUGAUUGGCAGGUCCGGCCAGAACUGGCCGAUCCGCGACAGCAAGGACCAGAUAAGCCUCAUUGCAAAAUCCGUCAAGGGUGACGGUGUUGCGCCCACUCCGACCGAGUCCCUCGCCGCACGCUCUCGGAGCUCGACCAACGCCAUGCGCGACCCGCAUGCCUCUCUCGAUCUGUUCGCAUCACGCGAGGAACUCGAGGAUGCACCCUCCAACAUCGUCUCGCCCUAUGCUGGCAGAAGACCGCGCCAGCGGGACUUCAGCGAGAUUCUGGGCGAUGAGCCCCUGGAGGAUCUCAGCUCACCCAGCAAUGGCCGUGAGCGCUCGCAGUCUCCCAGCAAAGUUGUUGCACCCAAGAUUGGCGCGGGGAAACACUUCCAGCCCAUGCGCCUGUUUGAUCGGGACGACAAGGAGGCCGAUGCCGACACGCCCGAGCGCAAGCAGUCGAUUGGUCGUGUCGUGCGUCCGGACCCAAAGAAGUUUCAGCAUUUUGAACUUGACGAUGGCUCCGAGGCUCCGCCUCCCGCACCAAAGCCUGCUCCGGAUAGGAAGAGCAAGCAUGAUAGCAGCUGGUCGUUCGAGGACUUUACGACGCCGCAGAAGCCCGUGGCCAGCCGCGGCAUGCACAAGGCUCGCGACAUACGUCAUUGGAACGCAGACAAUGAAUUGCUGGAGAACACGCCCGCUCCGAAUCCGCAUGUAAUCAAGCCUCGCCGCGACGCCGAGGCGCACUUUGAACUGCAGGAUGACGGCCCGAUGCGCGAGGACCCACGCAAUGCUAACCGGCCGCCCCGAGGCACCGCCCAUAACGAGGGGCUGCACCUGUAUGACAACAGGCUACACGAUGAAGACGCCACUGGCUCGCCUGGCCCGGGCCCCCUGGGCAACAUCACCAACGUCAAAGGCCGGCACAAGGAUUUCGAUCCCCACUUCAGCAUGACUGACGACUCGCCGCACCAUGACAGCGGCAGCGAACCCGCGAAGGUGCCUGAGGAUCGCAAGAAGGCGGUCCGCAUGAUGGAGAGCAACUGGUCAAACUACGAUACCUCGCCCGUGUCCCGCAAGGAGAACGACAACCCCAACGCCAAGCGGAGCGGUGACGAUCGCGGCAUUGUGAUUGCCGGCGACGGCAUGGGCAGCAAGAAGGGCACCAGCCGCGGCUGGCUGCACGGUGAGGAUGAUGAGCCGGCGGCUUACAAGGGCAAGACCCGUGGCCCCCCGACGAAGUCCGAUAAUUUCUGGGACUUCUAA